UUCCACACGCAGCUCGCCCACGGCUCGCCCACCGGCCGCGUGGAGGGCUUCAGCAACGUGCGGGAGCUGUACGGGAAAAUCGGGGAGGCCUUCGGCAUCCCCCCGGCCGAGGUGCUGUUCUGCACGCUGAACACGCCGCAGGUGGACAUGGAGAAGCUGCUGGGGGGACAGAUCGGGCUGGAGGAUUUCAUCUUCGCGCACACGCGCGGCCGCCGCAAGGACGUGCAGCUGCUCAAGUCCGAGCAGGCGCUGGGGCUCACCAUCACCGACAACGGCGCCGGCUACGCCUUCAUCAAGCGCAUCCGCGAGGGCUCGCUGGUGGCGCGGGUGCCGCAGGUGGGGGUCGGGGACGUGCUGGAGGCGCUGGACGGGCGCAGCCUGGUGGGAGCGCGGCACUUCGAGGUGGCGCGGCUGCUGCAGGAGCUGCCCCGCGGGCAGCGCUUCACGCUGCGCCUCACCGAGCCCCGCCGCGCCCCGCGUGCGUACUGGGGACACUGGGGGUGAACUGCCCUCGGGGAUCCCCCCAAAUCCCCCCGGGGUCCUUGGGGACCCCCCAAAUCCCCGGAAUCCCCCCAGCCCUCGGCCUUCGAGGAGCGCGCGGUGGCCAAGGUGGACGAUCUGCUGGAGAGCUACAUGGGCAUCCGGGACAGCGAGCUGGCGGCCACCAUGGUGGAGCUGGGCCGCGACGCGCGGGACCCGGACGCGCUGGCCGAGGCUCUGGACGCGCAGCUCGGCGACUUCGCCUUCCCCGACGAGUUCGUCUUCGACGUCUGGGGCGCCAUCGGGGACGCCAAGGCCGGGCGCUGCUGAGCCCCGCCGGGGACCCCCCAGGGACCGGGGACCCCCCCAGGGACCGGGAACCCCCAGGGACUGGGAACCCCCAGGGACCAGGGACCCCCCCCAUGAAUUGGGGACCCCCCUGAACUGGGACCCCCCCUGAACUGGGACCCCCCUGAACUGGGACCCCCCCACUGCAAUCCCCGUGAUUGGGGAACCCCCCAAAAGCUGGACCCACUCCCCCAAAAUCUGCUGGACCCCCAAAGUGCCCAGAGAGCCCCCCUGAGGAGCCCCCCCCGGGACUGGGUGCCCCCAAUUCCAGACCCCCCAAAUUCCCUGUCCUCCCCCUCGGGAGCCGGGUUCCCCCCAAACUCCAGACCCCCAAAUCCGUUGUUCCCUCUCCCCCCCAAAACACUCCUGGACCCCCCCAUGGUGACAUCGAUGUCCCCAACAGGGACAGGGGUGUCCCCCCCGCCCCCAAGGGGCUUUUUUGGGUGGGGGGGCCCCCAAAAUACAGCACGGGGCCCCCCUCCCCCCCUGAUGGCAAUCUGAGCCUGUCACCCCCCCAGCACACGCUGUCACACACUGUCACACACUGUCACACACUGUCCCCCCCGUGUCCCCCCCGCACUGACCGCCUUGGGGGGGACCCUGCCCCGUCCCCGUCCCCGGGGGGCUCCUGGGGCUCCCCCCACCCCCCCGGGAUAUUUUUGUAUUUUGGUGGAAACGAUUUCAGCAUAAAAACCAGAGAAAUGGGA